UCGUUUAUAGACAGGAAGUGACUGUGCUGCCCUGAAGCCGGCGCUUCGCCCUCACCCUUCUGUCUGUCUGUUUCAUGAUCAGUAGAAUGUGUGUGUGCGGCUUCGACUGAGAGAGCGGUGUAAUGAUAAAAGCCGCAUUUGCGGUACGCUCCUCUCACCUCAUUUAAGUCAGGAAAAAUCGGAGAACCCGCCUUAUUUCAUUCCUCCUCGGGCCCUAGACUUAUCCACGUCUCGGAGAACAUUGUGAAGCAGCACCAUGUCCAGGCCGUCAGGGGGCGGUGUUGCCAAUGAUGUCACCCGCUUCCUGUCCACAGGGGCGGUGCCAGGUUCGCCCACUUCCUCUACCCCCACUGGCCACGUAUUCUCCGCCUCCAGCCAAGCUGAUUGGGCGGCAAAGAGGCUCGUCUGGGUUCCAUCCGAGAAGCACGGUUUUGAGUCUGCUAGUAUCCGUGAGGAGCGAGGGGAUGAGGUGGAGGUGGAGCUAACAGACAGCCAGAGGAAGCUGACCCUGUCCAGGGAGGAGGUCCAGAGGAUGAAUCCUCCCAGGUUCAGUAAGGUGGAGGACAUGGCUGACCUCACCUGUCUCAACGAAGCCUCCGUCCUACACAACCUCAGAGAGAGAUACUACUCUGGCUUGAUAUACACAUACUCGGGCCUGUUCUGUGUGGUGAUCAACCCCUAUAAGAAUCUGCCCAUCUACACAGAGUCUAUAGUGGAGAUGUACCGAGGGAAGAAACGCCAUGAGAUGCCCCCUCACAUCUACGCUAUAUCAGAGGCUGCCUACCGCAGCAUGCUACAAGACAGAGAAGAUCAAUCUAUCCUCUGCACCGGCGAGUCUGGUGCAGGGAAGACAGAGAACACUAAGAAAGUCAUCCAGUAUCUGGCUCAUGUGGCCUCGUCCCAUAAGACUGGAACUCUGGGUAGAAACAAGGAGGCCUCACAGAUGGAUGGCAGUAGGUCGUUGCCCCGGGGCAGUUCCAUGGUGAACAGGGGGGAGCUAGAGAGACAGCUGCUACAGGCCAACCCCAUCCUGGAGGCCUUCGGAAAUGCCAAGACUGUCAAGAACGACAACUCCUCCAGAUUUGGCAAAUUCAUCCGUAUUAACUUUGACGUGGCUGGAUAUAUUGUCGGUGCCAACAUUGAGACCUACCUGCUGGAGAAGUCGAGGGCGAUCCGCCAGGCCAAAGAUGAAAGGACCUUUCACAUCUUCUACCAACUCAUGUGUGGAGCUUCAGAGACCACCAGAGCAGACCUUCUCCUUGGUAGUGCUGACCAGUACAGGUUUCUGAGUGGAGGUGCUAUACCUGUUCCAGGCCAGAGUGAUGCUGACAACUUCACCCAGACCAUGGACUCUAUGACCAUCAUGGGAUUCACACCAGAUGAGUCUCUGUCCAUGUUGAAGGUGAUCUCUGCAGUGCUCCAGUUUGGGAACAUCUCGUUCACUAAGGAGAAGAACCAGGACCAGUGCUCCAUGCCAGACGACACGGCUGCCCAGAAACUGAGCCACCUGCUGGGCAUCAGCGUGCUGGAGUUCUCCCGGGCCAUCCUCACCCCCAGGAUCAAAGUAGGACGUGAGUACGUCCAGAAGGCCCAGACCAAAGAACAGGCUGACUUUGCUGUGGAGGCGUUGGCCAAAGCUACAUAUGAGCGUCUGUUCCGUUGGCUGGUCCACAGGAUCAACCGGGCGCUGGACCGCAGACAGAGACAGGGAGCCUCUUUCAUAGGCAUACUGGACAUAGCAGGCUUUGAGAUCUUCCAGUUGAACUCAUUUGAGCAGCUGUGCAUCAACUACACCAACGAGAAGCUGCAGCAGCUGUUCAACCACACCAUGUUCAUCCUGGAGCAGGAGGAGUACCAGAGGGAGGGCAUCGAGUGGAGCUUCAUCGACUUCGGCCUGGACCUGCAGCCCUGCAUCGACCUCAUCGAGAGACCGGCCCAGCCCCCUGGUGUGCUGGCCCUAUUGGAUGAGGAGUGUUGGUUUCCGCGGGCGACAGAUCGUUCAUUUGUGGAUAAGCUGUCUGCUGAGCAGGGGACACACCCUAAAUUCUUCAAACCUCGACAAAUACGACAAGAGGCCGACUUCGCCAUCAUCCACUACGCUGGGAAGGUGGACUAUAAGGCAGAUGAUUGGCUGGUGAAGAACAUGGAUCCUCUGAAUGACAACAUAGCGUCUCUCCUCCACCAGUCCUCUGAUCACUUCAUCUCUGAGCUCUGGAGAGAUGAUAUUCAGACUCUUCCUCGAGUAUAUUUCUUUGACUCCUAUGCCACACUGCAGACCAAUGGCUCUGACAUGGAGAGGCCCGUAGGGCUGGACCAGGUGUCCAACGACACCAACAGUGGGCCGGUCAACUUCGGGGCGGGGCUGAAGACUAAGAAGGGGAUGUUCAGGACCGUGGGUCAGCUCUACAAGGAGUCCCUCACCAAGCUGAUGGCAACACUACGCAACACCAACCCAAACUUCCUCCGCUGUAUCAUCCCCAACCACGAGAAGAAGUCUGGUAAGCUGACUCCCCAUCUUGUUCUGGACCAGCUGAGGUGUAAUGGAGUCUUAGAGGGGAUCCGUAUCUGCAGACAGGGCUUCCCCAACCGCAUCCCCUUCCAGGAGUUCAGACAGAGGUAUGAGAUCCUGACUCCUAAUGCUAUCCCUCGUACCUUCAUGGACGGGAAGCAGGCCUGUGAACUCAUGAUCAGAGCGUUGGAGCUGGACCGUAACCUGUUCAGAGUUGGGCAGAGCAAAGUGUUCUUCAGGGCUGGAGUCUUAGGUCACCUGGAGGAGGAGAGAGACCUGAAGAUCACUGACACCAUCAUACGCUUCCAGAGCGCUGCCCGAGGAUUCCUCGCACGCAGGGCCUUCCUGAAGAAGCAGCAGCAGCUGAGUGCUAUGAGAGUGAUGCAGAGGAACUGUGCUGCCUACCUCAAACUCAGGAACUGGCAAUGGUGGAGGCUGUUCACCAAGGUGAAGCCUCUGCUGCAGGUGACUCGUCAGGACGAGGAGAUCCAGGUGAGGGAGUCGGAGCUUAAGAAUGCCAAAGACAACCUGACCAGAGUGGAACAGGACUACACUGAUCUGGACAAGAAGCACAUACAGCUGAUGGAGGAGAAGGCGGUGCUGACAGACCAGCUGCAGGCGGAGGCGGAGCUGUUUGCUGAGGCGGAGGAGAUGAGGGCCAGACUCGUCAGCAGGAAGCAGGAGUUGGAGGAAAUCCUGGGGGAGCUGGAGGGACGAUUGGAGGAGGAGGAGGAGAGGGGCGUUCAGAUGACCAAUGAGAGGAAGAAGAUGCAGCAGCACGUGACGGAUCUGGAGGAACAGUUGGAGGAGGAGGAGUCGGCCAGACAGCGCCUCCAGUUGGAGAAGGUUACCCUGGAGACCAAGGUCAAGAGUCUGGAGACAGAGAUGCUGAGCACUGGAGAACAGAGAGACCGCCUCUGCAAGGAGAAGAAGCAGCUGGAGGAGAGGUUGAAUGAGGUGACAGACUCACUGACUGAGGAAGAGGAGAAGACCAAGAGUCUCAACAAACUGAAAAACAAACAGGAAGCAGUCAUUGCUGACCUGGAAGAUCGGUUGAAGCGUGAGGAGCAGGGUCGUCUGGAGCAGGAGAAGUGGAGGAGGAGGAUGGAGGGGGAAGCUGUGGAAGCCCAGGAGCAGCUCUCUGACCUGGGACUAAUGUCCGCUGAACUCAGGGGCACCCUGGCUCAGAGAGAGAAAGAUAUCACAACCCUACAGGGGAGAUUGGAGGAGGAGGGUGCACGAAGGACUGAGGCUCAGAGGGCUCUGAGAGAGGCCAUGUCUCAGGUGUCAGAGCUGAAGGAGGAAGUGGAGAAUGAACGAGGGAUGAGAGAGAGGGCAGAGAAACAGAGGAGAGACCUGGGGGAGGAGCUGGAGGCCUUGAGGACAGAGCUGGAAGACACACUGGACACCACGGCGGCCCAGCAGGAACUCAGGUCUCGUAGAGAGGCAGAGCUGGGGGAGCUCCAGAGAUGUGUUGAGGGGGAGACGAGACGUCACGAGGCCCAGCUCUCAGAGCUCAGAGUCAAGCACUGCUCUGCCAUAGACAACCUGCAGGAACAACUGGACAACAGCAAGCGGGCCCGUCAGUCCCUAGAGAAGGCCAAGACUCUAUUAGAGGAUGAGAGGGUGAGCUUGGCCUCAGAACUGAAGUCCCUGCAGGGGGGCCGCAUGGAGAGUGAGAGGGGCCGCAAGAGGGCAGAGGGCCAACUCCAGGAGCUGACCGCACGCCUCGCACAGGCCGACAGAGAGAGAGAGGAGAGAGAGGAGCGACUGCACAAGCUACAGUCUGAGAUGGAGACCCUCUCUAGUUCUCUCUCCUCCUCUGACUCCAAAUCCCUCCAUCUCAACAAGGAGGUCAGCAGCCUGGAGAGCCAGCUCCACGACGCUCAGGAGCUACUUCAGGAUGAGACUCGUCAGAAGCUGGCUCUGGGCUCCAGGGUGAGAGCUCUGGAGGAGGAGAGGAAUGGACUGAUGGAGAGAGUGGAGGAGGAAGAGGAGAGAGCCAAGGAUCUCUCCAGGCAGAUACAGACUCACACUCAGCAGCUGGCUGAGUUGCGGAGGCAGUCGGAGGAGGUGAAUGGGGCGGUGGAGGCAGGAGAGGAGACCCGCAGGAAACUGCAGAGAGACCUAGACCAGGCCGUCCAGAGAGAACGACAGAAGGAGGAGGAGAAAGAACGUGUGGAGCGACAGAGGGAGAGGCUGAGGGAGGAGAUAGAGGACAUGACCCUGGCCCUGCAGAGAGAGAGACAGAACUGCACCACCCUGGAGAAGAGGCAGAAGAAGUUUGACCAGUGCCUGUCAGAGGAGAAGGCAGUGAGUGCCCGGCUGGCUGAGGAGAGAGACAGGGCCGAGGCAGACAGUAGAGAGAAGGAGACACGCUCCCUGGCACUGGCACGAGCCCUGCAGGAGGCCCAAGAUCAGAGGGACGAGCUGGAGAGAUCUAACAAGCAGCUCCGCAUAGACAUGGAACAACUAGUCAAUCAACAGGAUGACGUGGGGAAGAAUGUGCAUGAGUUGGAGCGUUCCCGCCGGGCCCUGGAGACAGAGGCAGAGUCCCUGCGCACUCAGACCCAGGAGCUGGAGGAGGAGCUGGGGGAGGCGGAGAACUCCAGGCUGAGGCUCGAGGUCACCCUCCAAGCCCUCAGGGCCCAGUUUGAGAGAGAGAUCAGCACCAAGGAGGAGAAAGGAGAGGAGAAGAGGAGGUCUCUCAACAAACAGGUGAGGGAGUUGGAGACCCAGCUAGAGGAGGAGAGGAGUCAACGCUCUCAGGCCAUGUCCGUCAAGAAGCAGCUGGAGGCGGAGCUACAGGAGGCUGAGGCCCAGGUGGAGACAGCCAAUCGCGGCAGGGAGGAGGGGCUUAGGCAGCUACGGAGACUGCAGGUUCAGAUGAAGGAGGUGCUUCGUGAGCUGGAUGAGUCCAAGCUGGCCCGUGACGAGGUGGUCGUCCAAUCAAAAGACACAGAGAAGCGCCUGCAGACCUUGGAGGCUGAGUUACUGCAGCUUACAGAGGAUUUAUCAGUGUCUGAGAAGAUGAAGAGACAGGCCCAGCAGGAGAGAGAUGAGAUGGCUGAUGAGAUCAUCAACAGCUCUACUGGGAAGUCGGCUCUGUGUGAUGAGAAGCGGAGGUUGGAGGCGCGAGUCACUCAGCUGGAGGAGGAGUUGGAGGAGGAGCAAAGCAAUGCUGAACUAGUGGCCGAGAGACACAGGAAGACUACACUUCAGGUGGAGACUCUGACGGUGCAGCUGCAGGGAGAGAGGACCCUGGGCCAGAAGGCUGAGGGGGCCAGGGAGGCUCUGGAAAGGCAUAACAAGGAGCUGAAGCUGAAGCUGGGGGAGAUGGAGGGAGCUGUCAGGGGAAAACACAGGCUCAGUGUCGCCGCCCUGGAGGCCAAGAUGGACAGCAUGGAGGAGCAGCUGGAGCAGGAGAGACAAGAGCGAGCGACAGCCAACAAGCUGGUGAGGAAGACAGAGAAAAAACUGAAGGAGGUGUUGAUGCAGGCAGAGGACGAGAGGAGACAUGCAGACCAGUACAGAGAACAGUUGGAUAAGUCUAUGGGCCGGCUGAGGCAGCUGAAGAGGCAGCUCGAGGAGGUGGAGGAGGAUAACUCUCGUUCCAACGCCCAGAGACGUAAACUGCAGAGAGAGAUGGAGGAGCUGACUGACAGCUCCCAGAGCAUGACCCGCGAGAUCACCGCUCUACGCAGCCACCUCAGUCUGCCUCACACUCCACUCCAUCCACUCAGCAUCACCACAUCUGAACGGAAACCAGAGAAGCGUGCUCCGAUGCCCCUUGGGAUGCGCUCAGGUCGCAGGGCGUUGGUGGAUGAUCUGUCGUGUGAGAACUCUGACUCGGAAGAGCCCCCCUCCCCGACUCCUUCUUCUGGUACUGGCCCCGGAACUGGCCCAGGCACCCCCACACCCCCCUCUGAAAACAACAGUCUGGGACCCCCCCCACCAUACAGCCUCAACGACACUGAGUAACACACACACAAACACACACGCAUACAUACAGAUACAUACUCACACAGACACAUAGACCUGCAGACAUGUAUAUGUACACAUAGACCUGCAUACAUGUAUAUGUACACAUAGACCUGCAUACAUGUAUAUGUACACAUAGGCCUGCAGACAUGUAUAUGUACACAUAGGCCUGCAUACAUGUAUAUGUACACAUAGGCCUGCAUACAUGUAUAUGUACACAUAGGCCUGCAUAC